AUGAAAGAUUAUACAAUUACUGUGUUGGGAUGCGGUGUGAUGGGUUCUGCCGUCACUUCUGCAAUCUUAAAGGCAAAAUUUGAACCAUAUCCAAAGAAGAUGAUUCUUUGCACUGCUGAACCAGAAGCUUUGGCACCACAAUUUGGCAAUGAACCAAUGAUUGAACUAUCUUCAGGCGCGGAAGAAAACCGCAAGGCUGUGAAGGAGGCAGACGUUAUAAUCUUGGGACUCAAACCAUUCAUGUACGAGGAGGUAUACGAGCAAGUUAAAGAUUCACUUACUGGCAACCAACUUGUUAUUUCUUUGAUGGCUGGUGUCACUAUAAAAGAAUUGUCCAUCUUUACCAAAUACGUUGCCAAAGUAAUGACAAAUACUCCAGCCAGGUAUGGAUGUGGUACCGCUGCUAUCUCAUUUGCACCAGAAGUAACAAAAGAACAACAAGAACUUGUCAAAAAAUUGAUUGAGCCAAUUGGGUUGACUGUUACUAUCCCCGAAAAGAAUAUGGACAUAGCUACCUCAUUGAUUGGAUCUGGCCCUGCAUUUUGCUUAUUGAUGAUGGAGUCUAUGAUUGAUGGUGCUGUGAGAAUGGGCAUGACAUAUGAUGUGGCCAGAAUCUCUGCUGCAAAAGUGAUGGAAGGCACUGCAAAGAUGUUGAUUGAAACCGGAGAUCAUCCAGCAGCAUUAAAAAGUAAGGUCUGUACCCCCGGAGGAACAACUAUCGGAGGUUUAUUGAAAAUGGAGGAUGGUGCAUUGAGAAGCUCCAUUGCAAGAGGUAUCGAAGAAGCAGCAAACAUUUCAGCUUCAUUUGCAAAGAAGUAA